AUGAACUCCCCGAUGGACAUUCUCAAGGAGCUCCAUGCUUCAAUAGCAGAGGCAUGCGAGGCAUAUUUUGAUCAUGCAUACAAGGAAAUUGAUUCACAAAUUGCGGCUCGUGAAGCACAAUUGAGACAAGCUGAAGUUGACGGAUCGGUUGCACGUGAAGCGGCAGACCGCAAGAUCCAAGACUUGCAGAAUCAAAUCACGGUACUCCAGGGGGAGCUCAAGUGCUUUGAAGUCGACGCGAAGGAUCUAGAACUUCCUGCCGGACUUGCCAACUUCGAGGGUGAAUUUGGGCCGGAAAACAUUUGGAGCAAUCAUCAUGACGUGAGUCAGCUGCGGAAAAUCUUCGAUCAAAAGUACACAACACUCUACACCAACUUCCAGACACUUGCCGGAAGCUAUAUUAGUCUUAAGACGAAAGUUUUGCAACACAAGAAGAAAUUACAGUAUUGCGACAAACGCCUACAGAAGGACGAAUUUACAUACAUUCUCAAUGGUGAACCGGUAACAUUUCGAAAGGUGUUCAAUAAGGAGAACGGUGCAACAAACAACUCAAAAAUCCCGGGCUCACGUGCAAGACCGUGGUCCGAAGUUGAAUUGACCCAGGGCUCUGUCUCUGGGACAUGGCCCGCUGGACCAUGUCAGAUUCGAGACACCUCAACACAUGCAAACCCCAAUUUGAAGGUUGAGGAAAGCAGUCAACCAAUGAAUGUCACGACCCAAACGAGAUUCCGGCAUGCCACACAUGAUCCACCAUCUUCAGAGUCGUCUUCGGACAUAGUUCCACCUUUACCUGAUUUACACAAUCGGAAGAGAAAGCGUGUUGGUGCCGUUGCUCAUGCCGAUCCAACCGAGAGUGCUCCUGGCAGACCAUUGCAUGUAAAGAAUGAACCAAUGUCAUCAAGUCCGAUACAAAACUCUGCGUUCUCGCAUGGUCAGCAUCUUCCUAGCACUCAAGAUCUGGAUGAGAUCGGCGACACUGUACAGACGCCUACAAAACGGAACGUCCACCGAGACGUGCACUGGGAAGACUCGGGCAUGGAAAACGAGUUGGGUGUUACCAACACCCAACAGACCCAGUCAGGUCGACCUUUUCAACUACCAUCUGUACUACGUCCAAUUGAUGGUAAUGCUCGAAAGGACAAGACUAGUGGACCAGAGUCAGGGGUGAAGAAAAAGAGGCCGACAAAUCACCGGGCAGUCCAUUCCAUGGCUGAAGACGGUGAUGCCGGUGAACAUGGUGGUCAUUCCAGGCAUCUUCCGAGGAACACAACAGCCAUGCGCGCCAGAUCAUUAAAACCAAAAGUGGACGGGAAAGCCACAGAGGACCGACUACAAGGUCUUUUGGAGGGAUCGUUACCCUCCAAAUCAUCACUCGCGUCUGCCGAAGCUCUUUGUGGCCCGGAAAGCCCUCAAAACAUUAGCAAGAAUUAUAGUUCGCGGAAACAACCUCCAACUACUCAGUCUCCUACAUCCCAGAAGCCGUCGGAUGUUUCUGUGAUCGAAAUAGAAUCGCACAAGUCCCUGGAAGUGCGGCCAGAAGACGAGCCCUACAGAUCGCUUCCUCUUAACCGCCUGAAUCUUGACCACUUUAAGAUCAACCCAGCCCAAAAUGAGGGGCUUGAAUUCGCAUAUGACGCGGUCGUUCGCAAAAAAGAUGAUCGCAAAUGCAUUUCUGGAUGCACACGCCCUGGCUGCUGUGGAGAUCGAUUUCGUGCGAUGGCACGGCUUGGGGGCCUUCCAUCUAAUACCUCCGCAGAGCAGACAAAAGAAGACCAACGGAUCCUGGAGGAAUACGCAGGCGAGGAUCGGUCUCUAUUGGAUGGGCUAGAUGGCCAGGAAAGAGAUGAUCUCCUCGUUGAAGCAAAAGCCAGGCUUCUGGCCAACCGUUAUGGGCGACACCGACAUACCCACCAGCGAGCUCGAUCUCCACCUGGUUUCUGGAGAACAGAUAUGCCAGACACGCAGGAAAUCGAGUCAGAUCGGGAAGCCGCAAAACGGCUGGAGCGGGAAAAGGUUGAGGAGCGGUACCGAGAGGCUAUGCGACCUGAAGGACUGUGGGUCUGGGCGGAUGAAUGA